AUGGCUCUCUCGGUAAAGCUGAGAUGGUUGAAAAAUAAUAUUAAAGCCUGGCUCAAAGUGGGAAAAAAUAGAGUUAAUGGGGAGUAUCUAGUCAAGAAAAAUCGGAUCCAUCAGUUGGAAAGAUUAGCAGAGUCGGGGUUGUUGGAGGAUGGGGAGUUGGAUGAAAGGGCGGAAUGUAUCAGUUUCAUCAUGGAUUCGGAUCGAAGAAAUCAAAUGGAUGCCAAGCAAAAAUCCCGAUCGAGGUGGGCCAUUGAAGGUGAUGAGAAUACUGCUUUCUAUCAUAAUGCUAUCAAAGCUAAUAUUAGUAAUAAUCGUAUUAAUGGCAUUAUUGUUAAUGGUGAAUGGAGUUCGGACCCGGUGGUUGUGAAGGAAAAAUUCUUCGAAUUUUUUGCCAAUCAAUUUAUGGAACCGAUGGCGUCUCGGCCUUCCAUAAUGUGUCAGAAUAUGGUAUCAUUGUCAGCAACUGAAGCUAAUUCUCUAAUUGAGCCUUUUUCUCUUUCGGAAAUUAAGGAUGCGAUUUGGGGUUGUGUUGGUGAUCGGGCCCCCGGCCCGGACGGCUUUAAUUUUAAAUUCAUUAAAAAUAACUGGGAUCUCUUUCAAGGCGAUUUUCUAAAGGUUUUUCAGGAAUUCCAUUCAAAGGGGUCAAUUAGUAGAUGUUGCUCGUCUUCGUUCAUUGCCUUGAUUCCUAAAACUAAUGACCCAAUUUCCCCGUCAAAUUUCCGUCCAAUCAGUUUAAUUGGAGUGGUUAAUAAAGCUAUCUCUAAAGUUCUGGUAAAUAGGCUUAAAAAAGUUGUUGGGAAGCUUGUGUCGGAGGAACAGACUGCCUUUCUGUCCGGGAGAAAUAUUUCAGAUGGCCCCCUUAUUCUAAACGAAGUUAUCGCCUGGAUGAAGAAAGCAAAAAAAUCGGGUAUGGUAUUCAAGAUUGAUAUUAAUAAAGCCUAUGACUCCCUCAACUGGAAAUUUUUAGAGUCGGUGAUGACUCAAAUGAAUUUUCCAGUGACAUGGAGAGAAUGGAUCAUGGCAACUCUUGUCUCGUCUAGGGCUUCGGUACUAGUGAAUGGUUCUCCCACUAUGGAAUUUGAGUGUACACGAGGGUUGCAGCAGGGAGAUCCUUUGUCCCCAUUUUUGUUUGUUAUUGCCAUGGAGGCGCUUUCCGGGGUGAAUGAAGUAGAGGUUCAGCUUAUGGCAAACGUUUUGGGCUGUAAAAAGGGCUCAUUUCCGUUUAAGCACCUAGGCUUGGUGGUAGGAGCAAAUAUGAACCUUAUUCGAAACUGGAAGCCAGUCAUUGAUAUAUUCAAGAAUCGGUUGUCUCUGUUGAAAGCAAAGAAUCUUUCAUAUGGGGCUCCGGCUAAAGUCUUAGAUAUCUUGGAGAGGUUGAGGAGAGUCUUCUUUUGGGGCGGGUCGGAUGAAAACUCUCAUAUGAGUUGGAUGGCAUGGGAAAAGGUAACCGCUCCUUUGGAGUAUGGUGGAUUAGGAUUUGGUUCUCUUCGUGAUGCUAAUUUAGCGAUGCUCUCAAAAUGGUGGUGGGGAUUUAAAUUAGACAAAGACCAUCUAUGGAGGAAAGUGAUUUGGGCGAUUCACCAUAACAAUAGAUCUUGGGCUCCAAUUCUAGCUAAGAUGUCGAUACCGGGUCCUUGGAAACAAAUCAUCAGAAUUAAUACUCAUCUCAAUCAGAUCGGGAUCAAUUUCGUUGAUGCAAUUCGAUGUCAGGUGGGAUGUGGUUCGAAAGCAGCCUUCUGGCUAGACAUUUGGAUCAGCGAGCAGCCGUUAUGUGUCAAGUUCCCGUUAUUAUUCGCCCUUGAAAUUGAUAAGUCUUGCAGUGUUUCGGAUCGGGUCUCAUGGGGGGAGAAUACGAUGAACUUAUCAUGGAGGUGGAAGCGCCCUGUAACAUCAGCUAGUGAACAAGAGGAGCUGGUCUGGAAGUAUGAUAAGUCAGAGUAUUUUACUGUAGCUAGCAUUAAAAAUAUAUCAGCGACCGUAUCAAGGUCAGUUCUGGAGUAUCUGUUCUUUUGGAACAAGUUAGUUCCAAAAAAAGUGGGGGUUGUUUCAUGGCGGGCUCUAUCGGAAAGGCUGCCUACCCAGGUUGCAUUGGCUGCAAGGAAUGUCUAUAUCGCAGAUAAUCGUUGUUUGUUUUACAGAGACUAUGAAGAAACCUGCGAACAUCUGUUCGUAUCAUGCCAGUUCACGCAAUCGGUAUGGCUUAUUAUUUUUCAGUGGUGCAAAACUCCCCCUACGUUUGCAUUUAGCCUGAAGGAUAUACGAGAUGCUCAUGUCUUCCUAAAUGGAUCCAAGAUGAAGAGAAUGGUUCUUAAUGCGAUAGCUCAGGUAGUCAUUUGGUGUAUAUGGAGGUUGCGGAAUGAAAUUGUAUUCGGCCAGGCAACUCCCAAUAUUACAAAGGUUGUCGAAGAGUCUAAAUCAAUGGCGUAUCACUGA